AUGCGUCGUGUAGCUGAUUGGAUCCCCAGAAAAGUCACGUACAUUCAGCCAGCUCGAGCGGACCGUGGACUGGCCGAGAAGCUUGACAUUUUACAGGAAAUGAUUGAAAGGCUGAUGCGCACGACUGACCAGCAGAAGCACUCCGGAGAAGCUGGCCGUAAAGCAGACGACGAAAAUGCUCUAAUGAGCAGUGCGAAAGAUAUAUUGAGUCGUGGUACCUCCUUGUACAGCGCGAGUGUCGCUGGUGGUUCCGUGCGGGGCCAACUUGCUGCACAACACCGAGUGAUCGAGUGGGCCGAUACUCUUGCCUUACUCAGAUUCAAGUUGGAUAUUUCAGAUCGCUCAGAUUCGCCAUCCGGGCAGUCAUCCCCAGUGACAGGUGUACGCGUUGCGAGCGCUACGACUGGCGAGACCUCCUACCCGGAAGUGACCGAGAAUAUCGAAGAACAGAAUGACUCGGACUCAGGCGAUGAGGUUGACCUACUUGUUGCCAACGCUGCGCUAGGUGUGGCUGUUGAGGCAUUUGACCGCGAGGACUGGACGAACUCGGAGGGCUCGUUGAAGGAACUUCUAUCUGACCUGCAGAACCUGUCCCGCCGGCAGCGAGCUAAAUUUGAUCUUUACGAGUUGCAGUACAAGCUCGCCAUCUGUGCGUACCACACACGCAAUACGACGGUCGCUGUCGAGACCUUCCUCGGUCUGCUCAACGAAGUGCCAGCUACAGACGCUCAUUGGUUACACGCAUGCGAUGUUGGUCAGUGCCUCUCAUUGCUCUACGUGCAGAUGACUUCGUACGAGAACGCCAGAAUUUCGUGCGAGAAUGCGAUGAGAACUCGGAAGCGCCUUCUUGAUAAGCAACAUCGCGCAUGCUACGAUUCUCUUGCUUUACUUGCCCACAUCCAUGAGCUUAUGGGGCAAGACUAUCGUGCGAAGAAAUGCACGGCAAUGAUCCCUGUCGCCGGUAGGUAUUUCCUCAGUCGUGAGGCGCCCGACGAAAUAGUCAUGGCUCGUAGUGUCGACGGCGCGGUACCGCUACACGAAGCAACCCGUAAUCAAGCUGGCGACGUUAUAUCGGUACUACUGAGGAUUGAGGCACAGCAGCAGUUGCGCGCGAAGUCCCAGAUUGGGGGGUUUACAUCUGUGGACGCCCUCUGCUAUGCAACCUACGUGUCGGCUGGCACUGAUAGCACCGAGCGUGGCGAUCGCGGGAUCGUUCGCGUACUGUUGAAGCAUGGAGCAGAUCCGCAUUCGAAGAACGAGAUCCCAAACAGAGGAGCUGUCAUGGCUUCGACGCAUCAAGUCGAGCGAGAAUCAUAUUCCAUUUGA